GUGAUCGACUCCCUGGGCAUCAUGAUCUACAAAGCGCUGGACUUCGGGCUGAAGGAGAGCGAGGAGCGGGAGCUCAGCCCCCCGCUGGAGCGCCUGAUCGACAUGAUGACCAACGCCGAGGAGGCGGAGAGCGACCCGUGUCCCGACGAGGGCUACGAGGCCACCGAGGAGGAGGAGGAGGAGGAGGAGGAGGGGGAGGAAGGGGAGGGCCAGGAGGAGCCGAUAUGCUCUGCCCACCUGCCCAGCCCGUCGGACGCCCCGAACCACUACCAGGCCGUGUGUCGGGCCCUUUAUGCCGAGAGCAGGGAGCUCAGCACCUUCCUGGACAAGAUCAAGAGCGCCAAGGAGGUAAAAACGAGCCCCAAACCUGCUCAGAAAGUCAGCAAUCUGAAGCCAAAGUGGGCCGAACGGAGGUUUCUCCCCUCCGAAUCCCCGAGUGUGAAUGGAAAUAUUCCCCCCCGAUUAAAGAAGAGCGCGCACGAGAUCAUCCUGGAGUUCAUCAGGUCUCGGCCACCUCUGAAUCCCAGCCCAGUCGGUGCCGGGAAAAGCAUCAGCACUCCUCAGGACUUGUUCCGCAGCUCAGACAGUCCAGACGCCCGCAGGAAGCUGGCCGGCAGCACCCACUCCCUGACCGCCGCCCCCCCGGGAUCGGCCCCCGGGGGCCCCCCCCUCAGCCAGAGGAAGAGGCUGCUCAGGGCCCCCACUCUGGCCGAGCUGGACAGCUCAGAGUCCGACUUCCUGCCCAUGUCCGCCACCCCGCAGCCGGACAGGCGCCCGUCGCCCCCCCGACGCCACUCCAUCGAGAAGGAGGCGCCCACCUCCGGACGGCCCUUUGCACCACCGUCCAGACAGACGUCCAAGUCUCUGGUGGGAGCGGCCCGUGGCGCUCGGGGCUCGGAGGAGUUCUGUUACCCCGCCGAGUGCCUGGCCCUGACGGUGGAGGAGGUGAUGCACAUCCGGCAGGUUCUGGUCAAAGCCGAGCUGGAGAAGUUCCAGCAGUACAAAGACGUGUACAACGCGCUCAAAAAAGGAAAGGUAGAGUCCCCCGAAACCUCUCCUCCUCUCCCCCCCCCUCCACCACGAGUUUCUGCUCACCAGCGUCUUUUUAUCACCACCUUUUCCCUACAGCUCUGCUUCUCAUGUCGAGCCAAGAAGUUCUCCCUCUUCACCUGGGCCUACACCUGCCAGUUCUGCAAAAGGCCAGUUUGCUCACAGUGCUCUAAAAAG